GGAGGCGGGACUUCCUGUACAGUAGUGCAAGUAAUCCAACAUGGCGCUUACGUUGCUCGCCUGAGAGUGCAGUGGGAAGCGCUUUAAGUUCAGCUCGAUUUCAGUAGUAGAGUUCAUUAAAGCGGCUCAGUGUCGGCAGACAGACUUUUAGAAAUGAAGGGGAAAGAGCGAUCGCCGAUGAAGAAGCGCUCCCGGGCGCUGGAUGAUAGCAGAGACCGAGGAGGAAGCCACCCGAGCAGCAAGAAGAGCGGAGCCCUGUCGGCGGUUAGCGGCAACACGGGUAACGGCUCUGCUUACAGCGGCUCUACAUCCAGGAGGAGCUUACACAACGACAAAAGAGACCUGAGGGAUUCGGACGGACACAACUCAUCCAGUCGGACUAGCAGCGGCUACGACUACGGAGUUGUUUCCGUGAACAAGCCGCACGGUGGCGCUGACCUCGCCGCGGAAUCCUCCAGGUCGGGUUCACGCAGCGACCCGAGGCCUCCGUCAAACCCAGGAAGUGAGUACAAGACUUUGAAAAUCAGCGAGCUGGGCUCCCAGCUCAACGACGAGGACAUAGAGGACGGCCUGUUCCACGAGUUCAGGAAGUUUGGGGACGUAAGCGUUAAAAUAACCCGAGAAAACGACGAGAGGGUCGCGUUUGUGAACUUCAGGCGACCCGAUGACGCCCGUGCUGCCAAACACGCCCGCGGGAAGCUGGUGCUGUACGAUCGGCCGCUGAAAAUAGAGACAGUCUACAUGAGCAGACGGAGGAGCCGCUCCCCGGUUGCUAAAGACGGCUUCCCCGCGGGACACAGACCCCUCCACGCUCAGAAAGCUCUGUCACCCACAGGUAUGGGGUUCAGAGACUACCGGCUACAGCAGCUGGCUCUGGGCCGUCUGCCCCCUCCCCCUCCGCCGCCUCCUCACCUCAGAGACCUGGACAGAGACAGAGAUUUUCCCGUGUACGAAGGCAGAAACAGACCGCCUUACAUUCCCGAGUGUUUCCGCGAUGAGGACAUGUUGAGCCCCGAGGACGACCAGAGGGCAAACAGGACUUUGUUUUUGGGCAAUUUGGACGUGACUGUGACGGAGAGCGACCUGAGGAGGGCGUUUGACAGGUUUGGAGUGAUUACAGAGGUGGACAUUAAGCGCACAGUGAGAGGCCAGAGCAACACCUAUGGAUUCAUCAAGUUUGAGAACCUUGACAUGGCUCAUCGGGCCAAAGUGGCCAUGGCUGGGAAAAUCCUGGGCCACAGCCCGAUUAAAAUAGGAUAUGGGAAACCUACGCCCUCGACCAGGCUGUGGGUGGGGGGGCUCGGGCCUUGGGUUCCACUUGCUGCACUUGCCAAAGAGUUUGACCGCUUCGGGACCAUCAGGACUAUAGACUACAGGAAAGGUGACGCAUGGGCUUAUAUCCAGUAUGAGAGCCUGGAUGCUGCUCAGGCUGGGUAUACUCACAUGCGUGGCUUCCCUCUCGGUGGCCCCGACAGGAGACUCAGAGUGGACUUUGCAGAAGCAGAGACUCGCUACCAGCAGCAGCCGUAUACGCAGCUUCCUCUCCCCCUGCCACACUAUGAAUUAGCCACCGAGCCUUAUUCACACCGCCUUUCUGAUCCAGUGAGAGCGAGAGAGCGGUCCCCUCCACUUCCUGCUCGCUUCAGAGACAGGGAUCUCUACUCUGCUGAAUGGUCUGGCCUCGGUGCACACGAGAGGAUGCGAGGUUUUGACCCGGCAGACCGUCUGGACAGGCGCUCCCAUGAGAGCUGGUCACUAGAACGGGAGCGGGAGUUGCAAAGCAGAGAUUUGUCCCGCAAAAAGAGACCUUUAGAUGACGGUUGGCGGCUGGAGCACUCUCCUGAUGGCAGUAACUUUGGUCUGCGGCGUCAUGGCGGCUCUUUGGACCGCAGCCCGGGAGGGAGCAGCCGAGAUGGGGGGCGCUACAGUGACCCCGAACGCUUGCCUCGCUCUGGCAGAACCUCCCCAGUCAAAGACAAGAAGAACAGCCUGGACGCUGGGCUUGUGGACAAGAAAAGGAGAACACGCAGCCCAUCAGAGCCACGCUCCGGCUCCGAGAAGGGGCGCAAACAGAAAGCCAGUGACUCCUCCAAGAGCCCAGCGAAGAAGGAGGACCGCUCAGAAAAUCUUUCCUCCUCUACGAACUCCUCCAAACCCGGUCAGCAGCCUGACCCAGAUGCUGACAAACAGAAGCUGAGUCAGGCGUGGCAGGGCGUCCUCCUGCUGAAGAAUAGCAGCUUCCCCACCUCACUGCACCUGCUGGAAGGGGACAUGAAGGUGGCUGCCAGUCUGCUGGUGGACGGCUCUACAGGGGGCCAAGCUUCCCAACUGAAGAUCAGCCAGCGCCUGCGCCUGGACCAGCCGAAGUUGGACGAGGUCUCCCGUCGCAUCAAGGCCGCCGGCUCCAGCGGAUACGCCAUCCUCCUCGCUUUGCCUUGGAAAUCCGAUGACAGCGGUGCCCAGGACGCCGUCAACUCCACCGAGAGACCCCUGAAGAACCUGGUGUCCUACCUGAAGCAGAAAGAGGCGGCGGGUAUCAUCAGCCUCCCCGCUGGGGGCGGCCGUGACAAGGACCACGGAGGAGUACUACACGCUUUUCCCCCAUGUGAGUUUUCCCAGCAGUUCUUGGAUGCCUCUGCCAAAGCCUUUGCCAAAUCAGAGGACGACUACUUGGUUAUGGUUAUUAUCAGAGGAGCAUCGUGAAAAAUGAAAAAAGAAAAAAAGAAAUUAUAUAUGUGUCAUAUCACACUCAAAACUGUUAAACUGUGAGAUGUAAACACAGGGAGAAGAAGUGGUAUUAAAGCAGUGCAGGAGAGAAACAGCAGGGUGCAGAUUUUAGUUCUCUAACCUGCUUCUAUUUCAUCCUGUUGAAGGUUUAUAAAAAUUAAAGUCAAACUGAAUUAAGUACAUUUUUAUAAGUUGAUGAAUUUGAUUGAUAAAUCAGGUGAAACGUUGCCUUCUACUAUUUAGAUAUUUAGAUUAAAUGCACAUUACCUGAAGGGUACUAUCCUAAGGGGAGUCCAGAGUGAACUACAGGUCUGUGAAUCAAUACUGUGUGUGUUGCCUUAUUGUUUAAAAAGAACUGGUCCUUUAUGUGCUUUUCACACAACUCCUGCCUACAACAAUGAGCUGAAGAUCCAGAAGAGAGCAUUUAGCCUCAUUUUUGGUCAUUGAAAUCAAACUCAUGUACACUGUGAUUUUUUUUUUUUUUUUUCUUUUUUCUUUUUUUGUCCUCUUGAUUAAGGAAGUCAAUUUGCUUUAAAGCAUUAUCCGUUGGCCAGUAAUUGACCUAAACCAGAUGUUCGUAUGUACUUGUUUUUCUUUUUUUUUUUGUGACCAAGUAAAAAUUUUUUGAAGACUUCCAAAUUCCAACUUUCAGUAAAUGAUCUUUAAGACUUCAAAUUAUAGCAGAAAGAGCAGUUAAACAGACCAAAUCACUCCAUUGAUCCUUCUGGAUAUUCAUGUGUAAAGUUAAGGUACACAAGAGCAUCAGGAGUUUCAAGUAUAAUUUACAUUACCAGUGCUUUUGUGUGUGUAUGUGUAGUUGCGCGUGUGUGUGCCAUGUUUCAAAGUCAUGUUACUUUAUGACUAAGUGGAGGUUUGUCAUCGGUGCUUUCACAAUUUUCACCAAGCACUUGUACCAGCAGCAGCCGUUUGUGAGGGGAUGGACACAAGCAGCAAGCUCUGCAAGCUUUCCUUUCUCAAAGGUGUAUCAGGAUCCAACUACUCAUUAAUCUUUAAAUUAUUAUUAUUACUCAUCUGAAAUUGUGAAAAAUGCUCCCUGAUUGGCCAAAAGUCCAAAACCUGAGGACUAGAUUUUUUUCGUGUGUGUUUGAAAUUUUUUGCUUAUCGUUAUCUUUUAAUAUUUUAGUACCGAGCUAAAUCAACUGCCCCGCAGUCUCAAUGCAAAUUUUACAAGGGUAGUUUGUGUUGUCGGGCUCUUAUUUUGUAGUAUGAGGUUGCUUUUUGUGUCCUUCCCUUCUCUGCUGUGUUUUUUUUUUUUUUUUUUUUUUUUUUUAAUUAUCCACAGUUUGGUUGAGCAGUUAUUGUUUGAGCAGAUACCUCACUCCGUUUGUCAUGUUUUAACUGACUGAUUACAAUUACUACCCUAAGAAAGCCUAUUGUUUAAAAAAAAAAAAAAAAAUGUAACCUCUAACCGAAGAGCUAUAUGUAUGCCAUGCACAGGUCUUUUUUCUUUUUUUUUUGCCUGAUUUGGAGUCUCCAAAAAAGAAAAAGUUGCAGUACGAUCAGUGGACUUUGGUGUACGUUUCCACACACGAGGAACGGAGGCCAUGUUCAACUGGCCAUACUUGCCGCCUUCAAAAAGGACUCUUAAUGAUUGUUUUUCAUGCUUUGAUUUGAGUACUGUGUUUCAAAUGGAUAAAGAGUGAUUUGUGCUGUAUACUCAGGAUAUCUGGAGAGAGAGAGGGAGAAAUGGAGAUCAUCAAUGCUCAUGGGCCUAAGAAGUAUACCUGUCAGCAAAAACACACAAAGUGCAACAUGCACUUCAUGCAUCUUGUCUUAAUAAAUUUACUCUUUCGUGGGAAACACGAGUGCCUCGGAA